AUGUACACUAUUGCAAACAGCAUCCGGACCGGAACUCGCCGCAUGACAUCAAUUGAAGACAUCAUAUCAAACCCGCCCCUGCUGCUGCACUCUUCACUGUCGCAGCUCCGCUACCUCGUACUUAGCGAAGGGCYCCCCAUAUCCGAAGACAAACAGCAGCAGCGUACACGAUGCUACGUGUGGACGGUGCUCUCCCAAACGUCCAUGGAGACCUCAACGCAGCGGUACCUUGCGCUCUUAAAGCUGGGUCCGCCCUCCACGACCAUAUACCAGAAAAUCAAGAACGACACUUCCAGGACUUUUCAAACCGACCCGAAUUUCAGGAAUAGAGUCUCGGAAGACGCUCUCAUACGCUGCCUAUCGUGCUUUGCCUGGCAGACCCAGCAAAGAAGGCGGAAGGCCCAGUUCAACGAAUCCUCCUCCAAGACAACCCGCAUUCCGGUGAGCACCUACGUUCAGGGUAUGAACGUGCUGCUGGCCCCCAUACUCUAUUCGUGCCCGUCCGAGCCGAUGGCAUACCAGCUGUUCUCCAAGCUGUGUUACGAGAUAAUACCGACCUACUUGACCAAGAACUUGAACGGCGCCCAGAAUGGCGCUAAGCUACUUGACGUUUCCCUCAGGAUCAUCGACCCGAAACUGAGCAAAUUCCUAUCGGACAACUUACUUACCGCCGAGAUUUACGGAAUGCCCUCCAUACUCACGCUUUCCAGUUGCAAUAAACCGCUAGACCAGGUCAUUAAACUCUGGGACUUCAUGUUCGCGUACGGGUUCCACAUGAACAUCCUGUUUGUUGUAGCGUUCCUGGUGAAAAUGAGAUCCAAGGUUUUCAGGUCGGACUCUCCCGUAAACUUAUUACGACAGUUCCCGGAUUUCGAUGCUGAUGAGAUCAUCCGACUGGGGGUGGGGUUUAUUGCCAAGAUUCCUGCUCAGAUUUACGAUCUGCUGGUGGACCAUUUAACUGACCCGGACAUAUAUAUACCUUAG